UUUGAGAGUAUCAGAGAGCUAACACAGCAGUGACGGCUAUGGGGACAAGAUCCUGGACAAGAAGGAAACCCAAAAGGAUCAAAGAAGAACACAAACCACAGCUGACACAGUGGUUUCCCUUUAGUGGGAUCACUGAACUGGUAAAUAACGUUCUUCAGCCCCAGCAAAAACAACAAAAUGAAAAGGAGCCCCAGACAAAACUGCAUCAACAAUUUGAAAUGUAUAAGGAACAAGUAAAGAAGAUGGGAGAAGAAUCACAACAGCAGCACGAGCAGAAGGGUGACGCCCCUACCUGUGGUAUCUGUCACAAGACAAAAUUUGCAGAUGGAUGUGGCCAUAACUGUUCAUAUUGCCAAACAAAGUUCUGUGCUCGCUGUGGAGGUCGAGUCUCCUUGCGCUCAAACAAGGUUAUGUGGGUGUGUAAUUUGUGCCGAAAACAACAAGAAAUCCUCACUAAAUCAGGAGCAUGGUUUUAUAAUAGUGGGUCCAAUACACCGCAGCAACCUGAUCAAAAGGUUCUUCAAGGGCUUCGAAAUGAGGAGGCACCUCAGGAGAAAAAAGCAAAACUACAUGAACAGACCCAGUUUCAAGGACCCCCAGGUGACUUAUCUGUACCUGCAGUGGAGAAAGGUCGAUCUCAUGGGCUCACAAGACAGGAUUCUAUUAAAAAUGGUUCAGGAGUGAAGCACCAGAUUGCCAGUGACAUGCCUUCAGACAGAAAAAGAAGUCCAUCAGUGUCCAGGGAUCAAAAUCGAAGAUACGACCAAAGUGAAGACAGAGAGGAAUAUUCACAGUAUGUUCCUUCAGAUAGCACAAUGCCUCGAUCUCCAUCAGACUAUGCUGAUAGACGACCUCAACGUGAACCUCAGUUUUAUGAAGAGCCUGACCAUUUAAGUUACAGGGAUUCUAACAGGAGAGGCCAUCGACAUUCCAAAGAGUAUGUUGCAGAUGACGAGGAUGUGGAGAGCAGAGAUGAGUAUGAGAGGCAAAGGAGAGAGGAGGAGUACCAGGCACGCUACAGAAGUGACCCAAACUUGGCCCGGUAUCCGGUAAAGCCACAACCCUAUGAGGAACAAAUGCGGAUCCACGCAGAAGUGUCCCGAGCGCGACACGAGAGAAGGCACAGCGAUGUUUCUUUAGCAAAUGCUGAACUAGAAGAUUCCAGGAUUUCUCUGCUGCGGAUGGACAGACCGUCAAGGCAGAGAUCUAUAUCUGAACGUAGAGCUGCGAUGGAAAACCAACGCUCUUACUCCAUGGAAAGAACUCGAGAGGCUCAGGGACCAAGUUCAUAUUCUGAAAGGACCACAAAUCAUAGUCCUCCCACCCCCCGGAGGAGCCCCAUCCCCGUGGAUAGAGACAUGCGGCGGGCCGACUCUCUACGGAAGCAGCACCACUUAGACCCCAGCUCUGCUGCGAGGAAAGCCAAACGAGAGAAAAUGGAGACAAUGUUAAGGAAUGAUUCUUUGAGCUCGGACCAGUCAGAGUCAGUGAGGCCGCCUCCACCAAGGCCUCAUAAAUCAAAGAAAGGAGGUAAAAUGCGCCAGGUUUCACUGAGCAGCUCAGAGGAGGAGCUGGCGUCCACCCCCGAAUACACAAGCUGUGAUGACGUUGAGAUUGAAAGCGAGAGUGUGAGUGAGAAAGGGGACAGUCAAAAGGGAAAAAGAAAAACUAGUGAGCAGGGAGUUUUGUCGGAUUCUAACCCCAGGUCUGAAAGACAAAAGAAAAUGAUGUACUUUGGUGGCCACUCUUUGGAAGAGGAUGUGGAAUGGUCUGAGCCUCAGAUUAAGGACUCUGGGGUAGAUACCUGUAGUAGCACAACUCUUAACGAGGAGCAUAGCCAUAGUGAUAAGCACCCUGUGACGUGGCAGCCAUCCAAAGAUGGAGAUCGCCUAAUUGGUCGUAUCUUAUUAAAUAAGCGUUUAAAAGAUGGGAGUGUACCUCGAGACUCAGGAGCAAUGUUGGGCUUAAAGGUUGUAGGAGGAAAGAUGACUGAAUCAGGUCGGCUUUGUGCAUUUAUCACCAAAGUAAAAAAAGGAAGUUUAGCUGAUACCGUAGGACAUCUUAGACCAGGUGAUGAAGUGUUAGAAUGGAAUGGGCGGCUAUUGCAAGGAGCCACAUUUGAGGAAGUUUACAACAUUAUUCUAGAGUCCAAACCUGAACCACAAGUUGAGCUUGUUGUUUCAAGACCAAUUGGAGAUAUUCCUAGAAUACCCGACAGCUCGCAUGCACAACUGGAAUCUAGUUCCAGCUCAUUUGAAUCUCAGAAAAUGGAUCGUCCUUCUAUAUCUGUUACCUCUCCCAUGAGUCCUGGCAUGCUGAGGGAUGUCCCACAGUUCUUAUCUGGACAGCUUUCAAGCCAAAGCCUUAGUAGAAGAACAACGCCUUUUGUUCCUAGGGUUCAGAUAAAACUAUGGUUUGACAAGGUUGGUCACCAGUUGAUAGUUACAAUUUUGGGAGCAAAGGAUCUCCCUUCCAGGGAAGAUGGGAGGCCCAGGAAUCCUUAUGUUAAAAUUUACUUUCUUCCAGACAGAAGUGAUAAAAACAAGAGAAGAACAAAAACAGUAAAGAAAACAUUGGAACCCAAAUGGAACCAGACAUUCAUUUACUCUCCUGUCCACCGAAGAGAAUUUCGGGAGCGAAUGCUUGAAAUUACCCUUUGGGAUCAAGCUAGAGUUCGAGAAGAAGAGAGUGAAUUUCUAGGAGAGAUUUUAAUUGAAUUGGAAACAGCUUUGUUAGAUGAUGAGCCACACUGGUACAAACUUCAGACCCAUGAUGUUUCUUCAUUGCCACUCCCCCACCCUUCUCCAUACAUGCCAAGAAGACAGCUCCAUGGAGAGAGCCCAACACGCAGGUUGCAAAGGUCAAAGAGAAUAAGUGACAGUGAGGUCUCUGACUAUGAUUGUGAUGAUGGAAUUGGUGUGGUGACAGAUUAUCACAAUGGUCGUGAUCUUCAGAGCUCCACAUUAUCAGUGCCAGAACAAGUAAUGUCAUCAAACCAUUGCUCAGCAGCAGGGUCUCCUCUUCGGGUGGACGCUAUAGGAAGGACCAGGUCAUGGUCGCCCAGUGCCCCUCCUCCGCAGAGUAGGACUGUGGAACAGGGGCUUCGAGGGACACGUGCUACUGGCCAUUACAAUACAAUUAGCCGAAUGGAUAGACACCGUGUCAUGGAUGACCAUUAUUCUCCAGACAGAGACAGUCAUUUUCUUACUCUACCUCGCUCCAGAUACAGUCAGACCAUUGGGCAUCAUCACAGGGAUGGAAGGGAUUGUGAAGCAGCAGAUAGACAGCCAUAUCACAGAUCCAGAUCAACAGAACACCGGCCUCUCCUAGAGCGGACCACCACCCGCUCCAGAUCCUCUGAACGUCCUGAUACAAACCUCAUGAGGUCGAUGCCUUCAUUAAUGACUGGAAGAUCUGCCCCUCCUUCACCUGCCUUAUCGAGGUCUCACCCUCGUACCGGGUCUGUCCAGACAAGUCCAUCAAGUACUCCAGGAACAGGACGAAGGGGCCGACAACUUCCACAGCUUCCACCAAAGGGGACAUUGGAGAGAAACAAUGGAGUCAAGGAGAUAGAACCUUAUGAAGGUGCUAUGGAUAUAGAGGAGAGAAAUCGCCAAAUGAAAAUUAACAAAUACAAACAGGUAGCCGGAUCAGAUCCCAGACUGGAACAAGAUUACCAUUCGAAGUACCGAUCAGGAUGGGACCCACAUAGAGGGGCAGAUACUGUCUCCACUAAAUCCUCGGGCAGUGAUGUAAGUGAUGUAUCUGCGGUUUCCAGGACUAGUAGUGCUUCUCGUUUCAGCAGCACAAGCCACAUGUCCGUCCAAUCAGAACGGCCGAGAGGAAACAGAAAAAUCAGUGUCUUUACAUCCAAAAUGCAAAGCAGACAGAUGGGCGUGUCAGGGAGGAGCAUGACCAAAAGCACCAGCAUCAGUGGAGACAUGUGCUCGCUGGAGAAGAAUGAUGGCAGCCAGUCCGACACUGCAGUGGGCGCCCUGGGUGCCAGUGGCAAGAAGCGACGCUCUAGCAUUGGGGCCAAAAUGGUAGCUAUCGUUGGUCUCUCACGGAAAAGUCGCAGUGCUUCUCAGCUCAGCCAAACCGAAGCGGGAGGUAAAAAGUUAAGGAGCACUGUUCAGAGAAGCACGGAAACUGGGUUGGCAGUGGAGAUGAGGAAUUGGAUGACGCGGCAGGCCAGCCGGGAAUCCACGGAUGGCAGCAUGAACAGCUACAGCUCGGAGGGAAAUCUGAUUUUCCCUGGUGUCCGCCUGGCCUCUGACAGCCAGUUCAGCGAUUUCCUUGAUGGCCUGGGCCCUGCUCAGCUAGUGGGACGCCAGACACUGGCUACUCCUGCAAUGGGUGACAUUCAAGUGGGAAUGAUGGACAAAAAGGGACAGUUGGAGGUAGAAAUCAUUCGAGCUCGCGGCCUUGUUGUAAAACCAGGUUCCAAGACACUGCCAGCACCGUAUGUCAAGGUGUAUCUUUUAGACAAUGGAGUCUGCAUAGCCAAAAAGAAAACCAAGGUGGCAAGAAAGACGCUGGAGCCCCUGUAUCAGCAGCUCUUAUCUUUUGAAGAGAGCCCCCAGGGAAAGGUGUUACAGAUCAUUGUCUGGGGAGACUAUGGUCGCAUGGAUCACAAAUCCUUUAUGGGAGUGGCCCAGAUACUCUUAGACGAACUGGAACUAUCCAACAUGGUGAUUGGAUGGUUCAAACUCUUCCCUCCUUCCUCCCUAGUAGAUCCAACCUUGGCACCUCUGACAAGAAGGGCUUCCCAGUCUUCUCUGGAAAGCUCUACCGGACCUUCUUACUCUCGCUCAUAGCAACUAUAAAACUGUUGUCACAACAACCAGCGAUACAAAAACAGAAGAAAAUGCACAGGUUGAAACCCCUGGUAACACUGCAUGCUUGAUGUUGCGUCUUCGGAGCCCACGUCUAGGGAUACAAAGUGAUCCUGUGUUCUCAGAGGAAGUCCUGCACAUGGUGCCCUAGCAGAGGCCCUCGGGUGAAAGGGCAGAGCUGUGAAGAACUGUCAGGUUUAGAGUUCAGUGACGCUCGAGUUUUGGUCCAAUCUGAAGCCAUGGAUUAAUCUCAAAGAAUCAGUCAGCCCUUUUCAAUGGCACCUUUAUAUUUUUAUCAGUUUUCUUCAUUUAUCUGACCCCCAAGCCCUGUUAUGCCACAGAAAUGGAGCUCUACAGCCACUAAGCCACACUACAGGCCACGGAUCAAAGUCCUAGGAAGCAUCAGGUGAAAAGCAAGAGACCAAAGAAGUGGUUGGGAGCAGGGUCGGCCACGGCUCCUGGAGGGGCUGCAGCAGCAGGGAGAGGGGUAGACUGGGCUGCUCCAGGAAGAAUGCCACUCACUAAGGCCAAGAUGUGUCGGACUCACAAAAUCAAAAUUCUGUGACUGCACUGUACUGAAUGAAAUUAAAGAAACUUUUUCUGCAUGGACACAGAUUAGCUGAAUAUUUAAAUUAUUUUCUCGGGGCUGCAACUUGCAAAAAAAAAAAAAAAAGAAUAAAAAUCAGCCAUUUUCAACAAUUUAUAUUAUUUUUAAAAAUAAAUUUCACUAGUGCAUGGUUUUAAAAUGGGAGAGAAUGCAACAGGGUGAUACAAAGACACACCAUGUUUAUUCUUUAAUCAUAGUCUGUGUUUUGGCAGACAUUACAAAGGAAAAUACUUUCUAGAAGAUACUUAAAAUUCUCUUUAUGUGACAAUAAGUAUAAUAUAUUCAAUUUAUUUCCACGUUAAAUAUACAGAUCUUAUGAAGUUCAAUAUGUGCAAAUUUUUCACAUCUUCCUCUUUUCUCUCUUAUUUUUCUUCUCCCACUUUUAACUGUUUCUUUCCUUUCUCCCUUCCUGAGUGAACCUUCUACUAAAACACAAGUCUUUGACCUGACCCUCUUAUAGCCCUUAUUUGAUUCAGAGCCACCGAUGCAUCUGAAUUUAUGGAUUUCUCAAAUUUGUUCGAGAGCUUUCUUUAUUUCAAGCAUGUUGAAAUGAUUUUGCAACAUGACUUGGGACACACAGCAAGUCAGCACGUAUUUGACAAAGAAGAUAUUUGAACAUUUGCAGUUUCUUGUACAGUGCAUGGUAAUUUUUUUCACCUUAAAAAUUCAGUUUACAGGAAAAUCCUAAAAUCAUGUGGCAUUGUAAUGUCUAAUAAAUUUGUUUUUAGCACCAGCAUUAUUCAUACAGGGGGUUAAGUAUUAUUUGUAGGUCUUAGGUUUUGUUUGUUUUUUAAUUCGUUAAAGCAGUUUCUUUAGCUGAUUUCCAUUUACUAUGUGAAUAGAAACACUGCUAAAUAUGUGGAGCCCUGAAACACAGGGCUGUUUAUUAAUUCAUUUUUCUGUAGUAAAACUCAAUUUUUCACAAAUUAUAUUUCUAAAGAAAUAUAGUAAACAUAAAUUUGCAACAAUUUUAAAGCUCCAAUUUUUAGGUGACUCGAGGAAAGUCAGUAUGCCUCUUACUAGUUAUUUGAUGCCAUCACCAAAAGUCUACAUGCAAACCCCUCAAGUCAAAACCCCACCUUUGGUUUACGGGCAGUUCCUCCCAUUGGGUGGUGCUGCAAGGUCCAAUUUCUCUCAAGGCCCCUAAUCACAGGAAAUGUCACUGGUCAAGGUAGUAAACCAUCCAUCUUUUUGUUUCUUACAUGUGCUUUGAUUAUACAUCCUCAAAGAUUGGUUUUAACUUCCUGCAAUAAUUUUUUAAAUCCAUCUACAUCACAUUUGUUUAAAUGGAGGCCAUGCACAAAAUAUAUUUUUUUUCUUUGUUUCUCUUUUUUUAUUCAGUGCUGACCAUUGAAAACUGUCAUGCUUGAUAUGGUGCAAAAGUUAAAAUGAGUUACCACUCAAAAUGCCUUCUCUUUAUGUGGUGCAAAAUGAACUACACUGAGAUUGUGUCUUGAUUUUCUGAGACCAAUGAUGGACCCAGGUGAAGGUGUGAAGAAGGAACACAAUUUUAUUGAAAUAAUUUAGACACCUGUGUACCAGCAGCAGUUUGGUUUGAUAGACCCAUAGUGUCUAUGCUGUCCCUUAGAACAGACGUUUACUGUUUUCCUGACACUAAAAUGCAGUCACGUAAUCUUUUCUGCAUAUUCCUAUACAAAUUCUUUCUAAUUUUAAUAAGAAGGACAUGACUGUGGAAUAUUUGUACAUACUUGUCAUUAUGCAGUAUUUAUUUAACAGUUGGUGUACUUUUUUUUUCAAUUUUCACAUGUCUGCACCUCAACUUGUGGUUAAGUCAUGUAAAUAGCACUAUGCCAGUGACCGUUGCUGCCCUGUACAUAGAAUGUUUUCAAGUAAAGGGAAUUCCAGUGGGGAAAAUGGGGGGGAGGGCAGAUUAGUCCUGUAACAAACACUGACUGCUGUAAAUCACAUUCAUUCUGGUGAUGGUAUUUAACACUUUAAAUAAAACAUUUUC